UGUGAACCUGGCGCGUGGAAAGGUUGACACUGGUACUAACCUCUACCCAAAACACCCAACACGAGCCCACCUGGCACCGACCUGAAGUCGCUUCCAACACCAAACGCAAGAAAAGUGAUAAUCUACUUUUGGAAAGAAAUUCAGAGGAGAGCUUUGCACGUGUGAGAAAGUUUGUAAAGCAACUCAUUUAAAAACAGCUGCUUUAAAAGGGGUUUUGUAAAUCACCAGACCUCCAGCAGCCUCAGCGCCACCAGAGCGCCCACGAAGGACCCUGCUCCGAGCCGGGCUGGAGACGCGCCUUAGGAGGCCGCCGGCAGCAGCGCACGCCUCUGUCACAGAACAGCCGAGAAGGUGCUUCCCAGCUCCUGUGUUCCCCAAGAGCACUGUUGCCCGGGCAGCCAGUCGGCUCCACAGAGCCCACUCGGCACACGCCUCACCCAUCAGUGAACAGAUCUCAGCGAGGCCUUUCGUGGGCCCCGAUGCCCUGUGAGGUCCCCUGAAUUUCAGUAAAGUCACCAGAGAGGUUUAGCGGCCAGUGCCAAGGCUGGGAUCCUGCAACAGCGGGUCUGAGUCUCCGAGGUGCACACUCGCCGAUCUGCGUGAGACAACAGCGUCACGUCCCACAUCCCUGAACACACGCUGCCCCAGAGUGGCCUCGGUCGGCACCUGUGACUUGGAACACCCGCUAGGUGACUGUUUUUCUAAUUGAAGACGUAGGGUUUUCAACCCAAAGCCAGAAACGUCAAUGGGAUGUCCCUCGAAACAAGGCUCAACAGGAAAAACCAUUUCCUCUGGAACAGGCAGCACACACACACCAGCAGCCUCAUCGAGUCCACUCUUCGUCUGCCACGUGGGACAAACUCGGGAGCCGGUGCCGCAGGGACCCACGAGGCACAGGGCUGGGCUGCUCUGCCCAGGAAGGGCGUGGCAGGGACUCAGAAUCGGUGCCUGGGUACCCCGGAGGGCAGGGCAUGUAGCUGGCGGCACCAGUCCAGAAACUGCCCUUUCAGAAAACAGCUCCGAAAUCUCUCUGUGUGCUGGCACACAACGAGAAAGACCCUUCUGGGCCCAGGAGGGGACCUCUUCUGUACAAAGACAGGUGGAGAGCUGGCCAGAGCCUGCCUGGACGGCUCCAGGGAUGGAUUACCCAGGAGAGAGGACAUCUCACAGUUUCAAAGGGCUCUCAUUCAUUCCUAGGUAAGUGACUGACCCAGACCAGCCAUCCCAUUCUCUGAAGCUAGCACAGGUGGGCUCCCCUCGAGGCGCCAGUUCUUGGGGACUGCAACGCCACACCCCCACCGCCUCCAGGCCUCCUGGGAGCACCCCUUCCCACUCCUGUUCCCCACAGGUGACGUCGGAUACGGGAAGAUGGAGCAGUGGUGGGAGGAAGGCGGAAGUUCUGUCCAAGAGGAGCAGGUUCAAAAAUCCAGGCAGCGAGGCAGCAACUGCCCUCCUCGCAGCAAUUCCUGCCACAGAUGCAAAUCCACAAAACCAGAAACCGCCGAGGACAUGGCUGCUUCUGCCAGGAGGCUUUUGACAAGGGACACAAAAUGGGCUGAGGAAGCUGUGUCAUCCCAGCUACAUCCAGAGGUGGUGCUUCACUGCACGGUGAGCUCCUUCCAGGCAGGGAACGUGUUUUCCCUACGCCAGCUCCUGCCGCCUAACACAGAAGCCGGCCCAGCACUGGGGUCCGGGAAGCCAGGCAGGAAGAGGGGAGCCGGAGAGCUACCCCCACCCCAGCACCUCGCUAGACGGCAAGCGCUGGGCCAGACCCCAACUCCCAGCCAUCCACCUCUGCGACCUCAGGCCGGGGAGUUGCUACAGGCAUGUGGUAGUAGGUGGAGGCCAGGGAUGCGGCUGAACACCGUGCAACGCUCAGGACAGCCCCAACAACAAAGAACUGCCCAACCAAGUGCUGUGGUUGAAACACCUGCUCUAGGAAAAUGCAAGUCACGGCGUGACAGCCAUCCUGCCCCUCAUCCCCAACAACAGCAGCCUAGAGACUAAUAGCUGCCAACAUUGAGUUGCUUUUGUGUGCCGGUCACUGGGUCAGUGCUUCGCACGCAUUCAUUAGACUCCUGUGAAGAACUCAGUGACAGCUUUGUCUCCAAGUUAAGGAGGAUGAGAGAACCAAGACAAUGGCCUGCAUCUGUGUACACAGGUGACAUCAGGUCUAAAUGAAAGACAUGUACAAAGAUAUUUACUCUGGCCUCAUUCAUAGUCGCUCUAAACUGAAAC